AUGAGCGCCACAACGGACGGCGCGACCAUCACGGCCGCGGACGACCCCCUCAGCUUCUUCUCCAAUGCCGUGCAGGCGCACGAGAGGCAGCUCAAGUCGAGUGCCUAUGGUGUCGCUACGCAGAUCGGAUUGAUGACUGCGAUCUCUGUGUUCACGUUCAUCUGCUUCUCCCUCAUCCGCCCGCGACAGAGCAAGGUCUAUGCUCCAAAAAUCAAAUAUGGCAUGCCUCCACCAGAUAACCCCCUCGACGACCCGGACUACGAGCAACCCCCUCCAACGUUGUCGGGCAGUUUCUUCGCGUGGCUCAGCCCCGUCGUCCACAUCAAGGAGCACGAGAUGAUCAAGAACAUUGGUAUGGACGCGACCGUCUUCCUGCGCUUCGUGCGCAUGUUGAUCUGGAUUUUCGCCGUCGUGUCAAUCUACGGUGUCGUCCUUAUCGUCCUCUACGUCCUCUACAACAAGAACCCAGCCAACAACGUGUCGGACGCCGACAGACAGGGUCUCAGUAUCCUCACCUCGAUGAACGUCCAGGGACCCUUUAUCUGGGGCACGUUGGCAGUAUCCUACCUCAUCACGUUCACUGUCAUGUUCUUUGUGUGGCAAAACUGGCAAGCCGUCGUCAUCCUGCGUCACCACUGGUUCCGCUCACCCCGCUACACGUCCAAGAUCUACGCGCGCAGCCUCAUGAUCACGCAGGUGCCAAAGUCGUACCGCAGCGACGAGGGCCUGGUCCACCUCAUGGGCCAGCUCAAGGUUGACGGCAUCAAGAUCCGCGACAGUAUCGAUUGCACAACGAUCGGCCGCCGUCUCGGCGAUUUCCCUAAACUCGUGCACGACCACAACGAGGCCGUUCGCGACCUGGAACGAGCGCUGACAAAAUACCUCAAGCACGACAAGAUGGCCGCCAAGCGUCCCACAGUCCGCAAGGGCGGCUUCAUGGGCAUCGGCGGCACCAAGCACGACUCCAUCGACUACUAUGCCAAACAGGUCAAGUACCUGCGGGACAAGAUCGAUGCGCGCCGCGAGGUCAUCGACUCGCUCAUCCGUCAGGAGCGCAAGGCGUUCAAGCAGGGCAAGCAGAUGCAGCGCGUCGAGGGCGAAAACUACGGCUUCAUCACGUUCCGCACCAUUGCUGAAGCGCACCGCAUCGCGCGUCGCCACCAAGGUAAACUCAAGGAGCUGGGUGGCGCGCGAAUCCACUUUGCGCCGCCGCCGCGCGACAUCCUCUGGGAGAAUCUCGCAAAGGACCCAGCCGAGAUUGCGACUGCGCGCACCUUUGGCUUCAUCUGGAUCGCCGUUGUGUGCUUUCUGAACACGCUGCCGCUCACGCUUGUGGCCAUUCUCGCCAACCUUGGCGCCCUGUCGCAGUAUGUAGGCUUCAUUCGCUCGUGGGCCAAUUCCUCCCCAUGGUCGCUCAACGUCAUCUCGGGUGUUCUCCCCGCGACGGUGCAGGGUUUCUUCGGUUUCAUCCUGCCGUACAUCAUCCGUCGUAUCUCCAAGAAGCAGGGCCCGCCGACGCGCUCCAAACUCGAUCGCGCUGUCAUCGCCCGCUACUUUUUCUUCAUGAUCGUCUCGUCGCUCAUCGUCCUUGUCCUCCUGUCACUCUUCUUCACCCUCAUCCUUGGCAUCAUCCAGGACCUCACCAGCCACAAGGGCGCAGACGGCAUCCUCCAGAACCUUAAAGCGCUUCCGCAGAACAUCCAGCGCGCAUACGUCAGCUUCAGCAACUACUGGCUUACAUGGCUGCCGCUUCGUGGCUUCCUGCUCUUCUUCGAGCUCAUCCAGCUCAUCAAACUCGCUAUGGUGUCGUGGCGCCGUGUCAUGUUCUCGUACACGCCCCGCGACAUUCGCGAUAUUACCAAGCCGCCUUCGUUCGAGUACAGCAUCGUUGUCGUCAACCUCCUGUUCAUCGCAGCAGUGGGCUUGGUUUACGCCCCUCUCGCUCCCCUGGUCGCGAUUGGCGCGUUGUUCGCGUUCGUGUUCUCGCUCAUGGUGUACAAAUACCAGCUCCUCUACGUGUACAUCACCAAGGCGGAGAGCGGCGGCCGCAUGUGGAAUGUCUACGUUAACCGCCUCUACGUCGGCGUCAUUCUCAUGCAGCUCCUCAUGGUCCUCACUGUGGCGCUCGUCCGCCCAGGUUACUACUGGUACCUCAUUGCCGCGGCGCCACCUCUUCCCAUCCUUCUGGUGUUCAAGAUCUACAUGGCCAAGACAGCCGAAUACAAUUUCCGUUACUACCGUCCUUCCCCACAGGAGGUCGAGAACCAGAUCCGCAAGGCAGUGAACGAGAAGCGCAUCAAGGCGUCUGACCUCGAGAAGCGCUUCCUCAACCCAGCCAUGCUCUCAAACCAGUUAUUCGGCGUCAUGGUCCACAAGAGCCAGGAGACGCUCACCCGUCAAGUGCUCGAGUCAUACCCGUGGUUCGCCGCCAAGCACGCGCACAACGGUGUGCAGAUCAAGGCUGUCCGCGAGGAGAACCUCGAGUACAAUCCCGAACGCGACGGACCGGCAGACGAGCGCCAACAGGAAGACUGGGAGACAAAGUCGAUCGCCUCCACAAUGGCGCUCAACCAAUUUGAUGGGCAAGACAGUGACAGCGGCAGUUUGUACGGCGGCGGCGGCGUCCCAAUGGUCCACUCUCAGUCAAACACCUCGUUCCAACGCUCCUACAACCCAUCGACGGACGAGCUGCUCUCAGACCCGGCCAGGUCUGACACGUACGGUGUGCCGACGGGUGCGUCGCGGCGCUACGGCGGUGGACGGGAUGUCGAGGACGGUCAGGCGCCGCUUCUUGACCCGUGGGGAGCCGCCAAUGUCGGCAUACCCUAUCCGCCCAGCUCGUUCCACCAGCGUCCACCCCUGAUGCAACGCGGCACCGGUAGCUCGACCGACUUGGGUGGCGCGUCAUCGAAUGGCAACAUGGGCCAUCCUCGUGGCCAGGGGAGCGGUGGCAGCGCACACGACAUGAACUAUUAUUCGCAGGUAGCAGGGCCACCCGGCUACGGGACGCGCUCCCGCUCGGGCAGUACGGGCAACCUACUCUACGACCAGUCGAUGUCGCGCACCACGAGCAACGGCAGUGGUCCUAUCGACUACGGCCGCCGUCCUUCGGCCGGCAGCACGCACAUGCUCGACCAGUCUGGACGCCGCCCUUCGGCUGGCAGUACCCACAUGCUCGACCAGUAUAGCCGCCCGGGGUCGGCAGGGAGCGGGCAUAUUCUCGACCAGUACAACCGCCCUGGUUCGGCUAGCAGCAACAACGUGCUGGACGCCUAUGGUCGCCCGACGCAGGCUCCUCCGUACGGGCAGCAGCCGGGCGGAGGGUAUGGGUAUUAA